UUUAUAUUUGUCCGGGAUUGGUUUUGUUUUGUAUGUUACAAAAAGCUCCCAGCACGUUCACGGCAUGGUACCCGUACUCAUGCAUUUUGACUUCCAACUUUCCACAACUUCAUGGCACCAAAGUUAUUUUACCCUCCCUGGAGGUUGUCUCUCUGCCAUUAAAAGUAAAGAAACAUACAUCGUCUUUCUUGUGACAGAAUAGUAAAAUAACUUCGACAUGGCUAUGGAACGGGAAAGGAAACUCACAGAGGCUGGAGCCGAGUUGUUCAUGGACAGAUGCAGGAAAUAUGAUCGGGAAAUAAAACAUAUUCAAAAGGAAAUUGAUGUCCUAAUAUCCACUCUUCAGGAAUAUCCAGAAAUAUCGGAUGCAGAGAUGGUACAUGAGCAGAUAAAACAAGCUAGUGGUGAUUUUAAAAGACUUUCAGAUCAUUAUGUUGACUUUCUUGUAAAACACAGAUCAGUUGAAAGCGAAACAGGAAGGAUUUCACAUUUGAAAUUAAGAGAUAAUGUAACGAGGGCUGUUACCGAGGUUCUCACUCAACGCACACAAGUUGCAACAAAAGAUCCUAGCUGUGACAGACAAAGCGUUAAAUCUGGAUCAGGCCGAUCAAUCCUUUCAUCUACUCAGUCUGCGAUUAUUCAGAAAAGAGCUGCACUUGAGGCUGCGAAAGUGAAAAUGAAAUACGUCAAGAAACAAGCUGCCAUUAUGACCCAAAAGGCAGCAUUGGAAGCGGAAAUCAGUCUACUUGAAAUCCAACAAGAAACCGAAGCCUUACAAUCAGCACUGAAUGUGAUGGAAAAUGCAGAACAGUUAGAUGAUAUAGAAACAGAAUCUAUUACUGAAGCUCGACAAGCAAGGACAAGUGAAUUUAUUCAACAACAUUUUGUGAAUUCCACUAACACUUCUGUUCAGCCACCUGUGCAAGCAAUUACAAGUACUUUGACAUCCGCUGUGCAACCGCCUGUACAGUCCACUGAUAGCACGUUCACAUCAGCUGUGCGACCUCGUGUGCAAUUCACUGAUAGUGCAUUCACGUCAACUGUGCAAACAUCUAUGCAGUCUAGUGAAACAUUUGUUCCUUUAUCGACAUUGGCAAAUUUAUGUUCCACACCUACGAAUGAAAAUUGGCGUACAGCAUAUCAACCAACGCAAACCAUGGUACACUCUAGUCCCUUGCUUGCAACUUCAUCACAAACAAGUCAUGUGUAUGAUUUGCCGCCACCCUUUGCGCCGCGUUCAGACGUACUAUCUCAGCCGAAUCAUCUAUUGAAUACUGAAGCGCCAACCUUUGUGCCACAUUCGAGCAUACUGCCUCAGCCGAAUCACUUAUUAAAUACUGAAGUGCCAACCUUUAUGCCGCGUUCGGGUAUACUAUCUCAGGCAAAUUCUAUAGUGACUACUCAAACGCCUACCUUUGUGCCAUAUUCGAGUUUACCGUCUCAGCCAAAUCCGGUGACUACUCAAACCUCAGGAUCACAAUACGGUAAUCGCUACACAUCAGUCAAUAUGAUGCCACAUGUAGACAAUUCGCAGGUUGAACUUUGUCAGAUAAUGACUAGGAUGAUGGCCAGAAAAGAUGUAGUGCUUUCGCGUCUCAUUAAAUACAAUGAUAGUCCCAUCCAAUAUUUGUCUUGGAAACAAACAUUUAAAGCUGUAAUGUUAGAACUUGCAGUUACACCAUCAGAGGAACUGGAUCUCAUGAUCAAAUGGCUGGGUCCAGAUUCAUCCAGGCAGGCUGAAUGCAUAAAAACGGCCAGUGCAGGAAAUCACGUGGAUGCAUUACACAAAUUGUGGGAUAGACUUGACAUUCGGUAUGGCAGUCCUGAAUUGAUAGAAGCGUGCUUACGAAACAAACUUACGAACUUCCCAAAGCUUUCAAACACUCCGGCUGACAGCAAACGACUUUAUGAUUUGUACGACCUCUUGAGUGAAAUUCAGUGUGUCAAGGCCAACCCGCUCUAUUCUUCAGUGCUUGCAAUGUAUGAUUCAUCCACAGGAGUAAACCAAAUAGUAUCUCGCUUGCCGACCAAUCUACAAGAAAAGUGGUCAUCUCGCGCCAAUACUUACAAAAAUCAACAUGGAAUGCUAUUUCCUCCGUUCAGUUAUUUUGUCAACUUCAUCUACGACAUGGCAAAAUGGCGCACUGACCCGAGUUUUCAGUACAACACUAGCACACUAUCUUCUCAGAAACAGUCAGCAAAUAAUCAACCCCAAAUUCGCGUGAACGCAAGGAAAACGGAACUUUCUACAAACUCUACAGCUGACCACAAAUUGAUGUGCCCCGUGCACAACACAAACCACAAUUUGAAUCAGUGCAGGACUUUCCGUCAGAAACCCAUGAAAGAGCGAAUGGAGAUUCUAAAGAAAAACAAACUUUGUUUCCGUUGCUGCAGUUUGAAACGACACACCAAGAAAAAAUGCCAAGAGACUAUCCGAUGUGAUGUUUGUAAUCAGACAAGUCACCCGACUGGACUUCAUGUAUUGCGUGUUCAAAAUGUACAGCAACCCUCUCAUAACAAGGAUGAGAAUCUUACAGAAGAUGACAAUCGGCAUGGAGGGGAGUCACGGACCGGUGUUAAUACAAAAUGUACACAGGUUUGUGGGACUGACAAAAUUUGUAGCAAGUCAUGCGCAAAAAUUCUACAAGUGUAUGUCUACAAUGAGGACCAACCCAUGCAGGCUCGCAAGGUCUACGCAUUGAUCGACGAUCAAAGCAAUUACUCCCUUGGAAAACCGGAACUGUUUGACAACUUUGAUGAUCAUUCGGAACACAUAAACUUCACUUUAGCAACCUGUUCAGGGAAAGUUUCCGCGACUGGCAGAAAAGGCAACAAUUAUGUUGUUGAGUCCGCAGAUCAUAGUGUCAGGAUUAAGAUUCCGUCUCUUAUCGAGUGUUCAGACAUUCCCGAUAAUAGACAUGAAAUACCUUCUCCGGAAGUAGUGAAAAACUUUCCUCAUCUUUGUGAUUUGGUAUCGUACAUACCACCAGUUGAUGACAGUGUACACAUAGAACUCUUGAUAGGUCGUGACGUUAUACAAGCACACCAUGUUGUGGAUCAGAGGUUAGGCGGUGAUAACUUACCCUACGCUCACAAAUUACAUCUUGGUUGGGUUGUGGUUGGUGAAUCUUGUAUUGGAGCUCUCCAUGGACGUGAAUCUGUUCAAACAAUCACAGUUAGCAAAACUCACAUUCUUGCUAAUGGUAGAGCAACCUAUCUGGAACCAUGUGUUAACACGUUAACCAUCAAAGAAAACUCGAUCUUCGAGAAAACGCCACAGGAUGAGAGGCUUGGUCCAUCAGUGGAAGACGAGCUUUUUAUAAGUCUCAUGGAAAGUAAGGUUACGAAGGACUGUGAUGAUCGCUGGACUGCACCACUUCCCUUUCGCGAAAAUAGAAAGCUGUUGCCUAACAACAGAACUCAAGCCUUGCAGCGUGUUAAAUCAUUAGACCGUUCACUCCAGAAAGAUGAAGUCAAGAAGAAACACGUUGUUGAAUUCAUGGGAAAAAUGUUCGAAAACGGUCAUGCUGAGGUAGCACCACCUUUGCCAACACUUAGUGAACAAUGGUACCUACCGUUUUUCGGAAUUUAUCAUCCCAAGAAACCUGGAAAAGUUAGAGUCGUCUUCGAUUCGUCAGCAGUGUUCAGGGGAACGUCUUUGAAUGACGUAUUAAUGAAAGGACCGGAUUUAACCAAUAAUUUAUUGGGAGUACUCUUGCGAUUUCGGAAGGAAGCUAUAGCUCUUACAGCUGACGUGGAGCACAUGUUUUACAACUUCAAGGUGGACGAAACUCAUCGCAAUUAUUUACGAUUUGUGUGUUCGUUCGACCCGUAGUCGAUCUUGUCCUGUUGGUAUCUUCAGAUGAUUAGUGACUCAAUUUUCAUGGAUAAUGACUGAUAUUUGAUUUUAUGUAUUAUGUAUGUAUGAUUUGCUAGUUUAGCAUAUUGAAUUUGAUGUAGUGAUUUUUUUAUAAAAAUCAGGAGGGGAGUGUGCUGGAUUCCGGAUUUUUUUUUUUAUAUUUGUCCGGGAUUGGUUUUGUUUUGUAUGUUACAAAAAGCUCCCAGCACGUUCACGGCAUGGUACCCGUACUCAUGCAUUUUGACUUCCAACUUUCCACAACUUCAUGGCACCAAAGUGUAAGUUUUUUAUCUCUUUAUUAACUUUUAUGUUAAAUGCAAGUCAUAUUAAGAAUGCAUACGCAUAUUUGUUAUUGUACACUUGUUGACCCCGAUGUGAUAAGCAGCCAGUAUAUCAUGACAAGCAGGUAGUUUAUAUUGUCUAAAUUUGAUUAAUUGAUAUUUCAUGGUUAUCUUAUCUCUGAUAGAUCUUUAAUGAUGUUAUUCAUUGCUGUUAUUAUUUCUUUCUGUGUAAAUGGGGCACGCUCGCUUAUUUUCUGAACGUACUAUAUAUUGACCUUUCACGUGUUCGAUAUGUAAAUCGCUCUGUGUAAAUUGCUCACAGUUUAAAUUUUUUCUCAAAGGUUGUGAUGAUUACAUUUAAGUUUUCACAUAUCAGUAUCAAUAUUUUAUAAGUCUUCUAGUGUGUGUAUUUAGAAUUCAAGAUUUUUGAUAACUUUGUAAAGCUUUUGGUGCAUGUUAUUCUUGAUUUACUGAAAUUUGAUAUCUUUAGCAUGAAAUGUGUAGAUAUGUUCUGAAUAACAUAUUACAUGUUUAUUAUAAACCAUGCCACUUAUCUUUUGUGCAGAACCUGUUGUAAUAGGAUCUUAUUUUUGUUUACAGUAUUUUACCCUUCCUGGAGGUUGUCUCUCUGCCAUUAAAAGUAAAGAAACAUACAUCGUCUUUCUUGUGACAGAAUACAAGACCUUGAAAAUUAUGUGAAAUUUUAGAAACUGACAUUACUCCUAAUAUUCAAAAACUCUCAAAUUUGAUACCAUGAUUUUUUUUUUUUUUUUUUUUGUUUAUCGAGUGCAAAAAUGUCAUCAUUUAUUUUCAUUACUAGUAUUAAAUUUUUUUUUAUCUGUAGUGUUCGAAGACAUCGUUGUGUAUCUAUUUUAUGUAAUUAUUGAUUUGUGUUGCUGAUGUUGUGUUGACACCAACAGACAAAUCAAGUUUAAUUUAAUGAAUUUUAAGUGCAAAAAGGUCAUGUUUAGAACACUGUUGCUCAACAAUAAGCGUUGCUACCCUAGUUUUCCUUUUUAAUUUCCUAGAUCUCCUUCAAUGUAAAAAUAAAAAAUACACUUCCCAAAAAAUGUUCAUUACUUAAAAUCUCAGGUGCGAACCUCUUUGAUAUGAAAAUAUAACUUUUUUUGUAGCAUAUGCAUGCAUAGGACAAGUACAUAUAACUCUCUCUCUCUC